AUGCAUAUUCAAGAGGUACAAGAGCAAAGCGCAAAACCAACCCUGCAGUUAAGGGUUGUUGAUCAGUCACAAAAAACAUAUUCGUUCGUCAUGAAAAGGAAAACAAAGCUAGGCAAGCUGUUCAAGGAGUAUGCAGACAGGUCACAAGUAAAUGCGCACAAGCUAAGAUUUACACACAAUGGAGUUACUAUAAGCGGAGAGGAAACAGCAGACAGCAUUGGCCUGACCAAUGACAGUUUACUAGAAGUGUUCAGCUCACAGGUUGGCGGGUAA